GAGGAAGCCGCGCAGGGUGUUGGCGUCGCCUCUCCCGGGCUUCUCCUCUUCUUUCCCCGCGGCCUCCGAGGAGCCUCCGCCUCCGCCUUCUCGCCUUCGGGUCCCGGGCGCCCCGGGCAGCCGGAGAGGCCGCGAUGCCGGCGCUGCUGGAGAGGCCGAAGCUGAGCUCGGCCAUGGCCCGCGCCUUGCACCGGCACGUCAUGGUGGAGAGAGAGAGGAAGCGGCAGGAGGAGGAGGAAGUCGACAAGAUGAUGGAGCAGAAGAUGAAAGAGGAGCAAGAGAGGCGGCGGAAGAAGGAGUUGGAGGAGCGGAUGUCUCUGGAGGAGACGAAGGAGCAGGUCAUAAAGCUGGAAGAGAAACUGCUCGCCCUACAGGAGGAGAAACACCAGCUUUUCCUUCAGCUGAAAAAAGUGCUUCACGAGGAAGAGAAACGACGUCGCAAGGAGCAAAGGCGAUUUAUUGACCUCCUUCCUCCUGUCCACAGCGACAUGACGACUCUGACGGCAGCCGCUUACCAGCAAGGAAUGGCUGUCCACGCAGGGACUCACAUCCUCAACAUGCAAGGAAGCCCUGGAGGCCAUAACCGGGCCGGAACCUUGAUAUCUGCUGAUCGAGCCAAGCAGAUGUUUGGACCUCAAGUGAUCACAUCUCGCCACUUUGCCACGCAGCCGACUUUCGCCACCAGCACAGCAGAGCACGGCCAGUACCAAGGCGGGCAGUCCGGGCACGGCCCUUAUGCCGUGGGGCAGAGCCAACACACGGUGCCCGUCAGCUACGCCAGCAGCCAGUCGAUCCGAGGGCCUUCUGCUUUCCCCACCAUGCAGUACUUGCCGCAACAGCAGGCCGGCUACACAAUCCACAGCCACUUCCCCACUGCUCAGCCUGGUUUCAUUCCUCCGAGCACAGCCAUCCCUCUGCAGAAACAACUGGAGCACGCGAACCAGCAGUCGGGAUUUACCGAUUCGUCGACCCUACGUCCGAUGCACCCCCAAGCCCUGCACCCCAACCCGGGCCUCCUACAAGCCCCCCAAAUCCCUGUCCAGAUGCAGACAGCUGCAAAGCCCAGUUUGGCGUACACCCACCCGGCCCGCCCGGCUUCCCCAGGCAGCUUCUCCCACGGAACGGCCCCACAGCAACCCCACACAUCUGGUUUCCAGGCCUCCCCGCAACCAGCACCUCGGCACCCGUUUAUCCAGCACCCGCAACAGGGCCAGCGCUUCUACCACAAGUGAGCCCCCCCCCCGCUCUUGUUGCUUCGACACCCCCCAACCUCAGCCCAAGUUCCAGCGCAAAGGAAGAAAAUAUACUUGGGAUGACCAUGUGUGCGGCUUUAUUCUCCCCCCUUUCUCUUCGCUGUAAUUUGUGAAAACAGAGAUUGCACUCUAAAUAAAACUUUGUAUAAUUCGA